UCAAAGAUACUCAAAGAUUUCUUUUGUAAUUGCAGAUAGCCCAAUCAGGAGUCGUUGUUUAUAUAGAGGAAUUUAUAUUCAUUGGAAAUUUUUUGACAGCAAGCUGAAAUGGAUUGCCAUAGACUAGAAGAAUCGAAAAAUCGUAACACUGGAGUUGUCUAGCGACUCGACAGGACGGCGCGCAGGCCCGAGAGAUUCUGCUGAAAGGCCCUGGAGACUAAUGUGGCCUGGACACUAGGAAGACUUUAUGAGCCGGCUGUGAGCUGGCAGCGGAUCAUCAAACAAACAUGGCGGACAAGAAGGUUGGAGCUCUUGUCAACCACGUUGUAAUGCCUGGCGAUGUUAUCGGAAAGGUAGCAGAUUUGGAAGCAACUCUUGAAGGAAAAAGCAAAAUAAAGUUCGGCCCCGGUUUACGAGAAGAAAAUGGAGUGAUUUUAGCCUACAAAGCUGGUGUAUUGAGACAUCGAAAUCCGGCAACCUACCUGAUCGACUGCAAUCAAAGAAGGUACAUCCCAGUCAAGGAGGAAAGAGUUAUUGGCAUUGUAACCAACAGAGGUUCCGAUAGCUAUAAAGUAGAUAUUGGAGGGGCCAUGCCUGCGUCACUACCAACUCUGUCAUUUGAAGGAGCUACCAAAAAGAACAAACCCAACAUUCAGAUAGGUGACAUUGUUUAUGCAAGACUGUGUAUUGCGAACAAGGACAUGGAACCUGAGCUAGAUUGUACAGAUGGCAGUGGAAAAAGCAAUGAUCUGGGGCAAUUAUCUGGUGGAUUUAUGAUCAACUGUUCUCUUGGGCUUUCACGAAAACUUCUGAGCAAAGAGUUUGUCCUCUUAAAAUGCCUUGAAAGGCACUUCCCGUUUGAGUGCACAGUGGGGAUGAAUGGCCGUGUGUGGAUCAAUUCAGCGUCAACACCCAACACUGUAGCCAUCGCUAAUGCUAUUUCGAACUCUGAGUACAUGACAAAUAAUCAAAUUGAGACAAUGGUGAAACAGCUUGUAAAGGGAAUACAGUCUUAAUCCUUAAACCUUAGCGGAAACAUCAAAUGUUCUUUUACUCAUUGUGGGACAGACUCAUUUGUAGUUUGUAUGGAAUCUCGUAUCAGAGAGAAAACUUGCAUCAAGACAAAGCAACAUUUUCAUUAUGGAAUUGCAACUUGUAACUAUCAUAAGCUAUCAUAAGCUUGAUCCAGCAAUCCAGACUGACAAACAUGAAAAAUUGGCUGGUCUCAAAAACUAACUACAAGCCAUGUGUGACUCCCUAAGGAAAGACCAUGUGGUAGAAGAAAGAACAACUGAAACCUGGAUGUAAUAGACUAGAUGUAAUGCAAUGUUAGCAACAAAAUCGAAAGCAAUGCUUUUUGCAAUAUUUCACAGCUUUGUUUCUUUACACUUUGAAUCACAUAAUAAGACCAAAAUAUAUGGUCUGCAGGUACUGUUGCAAUUGAAGAUACCAGCUGAGUAUUUAAGAGAAAGAGCACGAGAUAUGACAUGGUGGCAGGCCUUAUGUGCCUACUGGCACAAAGAGCAGUGAUGACGAUGAUGCUGCUGCUGCUGCUGCUGCUGAUGAUGAUGCAUGAUGAUGAUGCACAAGAUAUGCUCUAAGGG